AUGUCAGGCCUCUUUUAUGGUGCCUUAACUGUAAAUUUUCAAACAUUUUAUGAUUAUAUUGGAGACCUUGAUAAGGAUGGAUAUGAUCAUAUGAUUGCACAAUUGAAAAAAGUAGUCAGAUAUAAAUGCUUCGCGCUAUAUUCCAGGGAAACCAUACAUCGAAUUAUGUUGUUAAUUGAAAAUCUCGUGACGGAUCACAGAUCUGCUUUGGGCGGGAUUCCGGGACUCUACGAUGUCUGUGAAUCCAUAUUACGACAAAUUAGAGAUUUAUUAAGAUUAAUAAGAGAUAAUCGUAAUGUUCCCGAAUUUUUAUACAUUCUAAGCAUGGUUCCGGAGGAGAUAAAACUAACCAUCAUGAAGCAAAAAUCCUUAAGUUAUUGUUUAUCAAGUCGCCUAUCAUUUGACAUGAGCGAGAGGUUAACGCACAUGUUGGAGCAGCACUCGCCGUCAGCCUUCAAACGAAAACUGGAUUUUUUCAAAACAAAUUUCCUAUCACCUCCUGCUGAUCCUCGUUACUUAAUUGCUGAUAUUAUUCGAUGGAUAGUCAGCGCUUAUCGUCCAAAUAACGAGAAAGCCAUGAGUAAUAGAUAUAUAUUGAUUAAUCUUUUAUUGCAUGAAAUAGGAGGUAAUUGGGAUGCCAUAGAAUUAGCGAAAACGGCGUUAGUUUAUGAUUGGUUGUGUUUUGAAAGAAACAACAGAGACCCUAAUAUUAUAAGAGAGGGUCUAUAUUGUAUAGAGCCAUGUAUACAAUUAAUUGUAGAGAAUGUUAAAUCUAACAACUUAAGAAUUGCCAAAGAUCUAUUAGAAGCACUCUAUACAUCAAUAAGCAAUAUCUUUCCUGGGAUUGACAAUGAACUUCGUGAAAAUGUUAGAGCAUCUUCUCAGCUUGCAAUUGCACGUAAUAUUAUGACUGAUUUUGUCGGUGAUAAUCGCAUUGUAAAGAUUGUUGGCGAUUUAUGGGGUCAUCUAAUGAACACUAUGCCAGUGACUCCUUCGGUCUUUCCAUCCAAUCCCCUACAAUCGGAACUAAUAACUGGCUCGGCAUUUUAUCAACAGCCAUCAUCAUCACCUUUUAUUCAAUCAUCUCAAACUUCCAUACAGUCAAACCUUUUGUUAAUACGUAAUCCUAAACGUGAUUCAUCCAUGGAUUCUGCUGUUCAGCCUUCUAAUGCAGUCUCCAAAUCGCUAGAGUCGAAACCAGUUGUAGAAGAAACAUCAUCCAACUUGAUGACAAAUUUUAUACCAUCGACGCGAGUUUCAGCUUCGUCGGCACCAAAUUCCGUGUCUGUUCCACAGAGUUUAUGGUUCUAUAAAAGCCAAUUGAAAAAUUUUAAGGCAGCUUCAUUAGCUGGGAAUUCUGCAGAAGAAAUCCAAUAUUUGACGCAAAUAUUGGAUCAUUUUAUGAAGGGAGUUAAAUUGGAUGCGACAAAUUCUCCACAUCUUACGGAUUUGCCUUCUUUUAUUGGGCCUGAUAUUUGCCGAACACUAAAUUUCGAUGAACUAAACAAAAGUUUUAAUUUAAAUUCUGAAUGUCUCGAAAUCAAUCCAUCUAAUCAGAAUUUAUUCAAUUGUUUAAUAUAUUGGGUCUUCCAUCAUAAUGAUGAGAAGGAUGAGAAGGAAAAAAGUUCACCUAAAUUUAAGUCGUUUGAAAUGUAUAGACUUAUUGUCAAAAACGAUGAAAAAACUCAUUCGGAAGCCCGGCUAAAAUUACUUGUCUAUUGUCUUAGGUCUUUAAAGUUGGAUAAAUUGGGAAGUGUAUUAAUUAAAGAUUUUAAACUUCAGAUCAACUUGUAUCUUGAAUAUAUAAACUACGAAGUUAAGCGCGAAGGCUCUUUUCCAGAUAACGAGGAAGAAGUGAACAAACGUUUUUUGUCAGGAAUACAGCUUUUGCAACAAUAUGAGUGCAAUGUUUUUGAUUCUAUUGUUCCCAAACUUUUACAAAUAUGGCCCGAGAUCUUUGUUGGAAAUUUUGAAUUUAUAACGUCAAUUAUUCACGGAAUAAAUCCGAUGCUUGUAUGUCAUUAUAGUGUGUUUGGAGAUUUGGAUUUGGAUUAUGUUUUGGAAAAUUCAUUAAAUUUUUGGGGUUCAUUUGAACAAUUAUACCUUUUCCAAUUGAUAAAAGCCGAGAUCGGAAAUAAUGCCGAAAAACUUGAAAAUCUUAUAUGUUCAAGCGUACAAUUGAAAUUCCUGGAACCGAUAGAGCAUCCUGAAUCGUUGUGUGGGCUGUUAUCUCUCCUUGAACUUAUUCCCCCAACAGCGAAGAGUGUUUCAUUCUUAACGAAACUAAUUGCUAAUACGAAAUUACUAGAGAGCAAGUUGGAAAACUUAAAGUUUGUCGCCUCUGUCUUUACUCGAUGGAAUGAUUGUUAUCCGGAAAAGUUAAUUAAAGCCAUGAUAGAAGAGGUUUCUAAAAACAUUAAGGAUUGUGAAAAUGACGAAAAUGAAGCUAGUGCUUUUUUUGAUGUCAUAUUAGAAUUAUGGAAAAAUGAAAAGCUCAAUCGAGCUUUUAAAACCAUACUACCUAACUUUAUGCUUUUGGGCAAUGCCGUCGGAAAGGAAAUCGUGUCUUUACAACGAUCACCUGAGGCCGAGGAUGAUGAGGAUCAAAUGGAAGUUGAUGAUGGUGACGGUGACGAUACGUCUUAUGAACAACCAACCACCACAGUUUCCACGAUUUCUACUCGAUCGAAAGGUAAAGCAAAACAGAUUGAGGUAGAGGAUCGAUCAAAGCGUUCUAUAGGUCCAUAUAACAAUAACCGCGCACUUCGACAAAAAACUGACGCAUCAAGUGAAGAAGAAUCAUCAUCGCAUGAAAAAACUCAGAAUCGUAAAAGUGUCAAACCAAAGCGCGUGAAAAGAAAAGUUAUCAUUAAUUCAGAUGAUUCAGAUGAAAUCAACCGACAAACUAGAAAACGUCCUAAUAUUGCUUCACAUAAUACGGAAAGACGAAAAAGUAUAUCAAGUGGAGGUGAAGAAUCCAAAGAACCAAAGAUGAUCGGCAGAAGUGCUAGGUCAAAAUCCAAAAACAAUUCUGCAUUAACGCGUUCAGAAACCUCAAGGGCAUUAUCUGUCACGCAAGCAAGUAUCAAUCGUCGUAAAAGUAUUAGCGGGUCAGGUUCAAAAAAAAGAAGCGCAAAGGAUUCUUCUGAUGAAUAA